UGUCUUGCCUUUAAUAGGCAGCCCUGAGUUCGAAUCUUGCACCCUGUCAUAUUAGCUGUCCUGUUUAGUUGUGUUCUUUAACCUUGAAGCCUUAGUGUCUAAAGUUUACUUCGCUCAGUACUGAGGGAUGAGCACAGCAAGUAAAAGAGCCUCAACAAAAGCGUGCCUGGGACAAAUGAAGCCUUCCCUCUGCAGUCAGGUUUCAGAACACACAAGUUCCUCUGAAGACACUCGAGGCCUUUUCUUCCAUUAUUACAAAUAGAUGAAGAGCACACAUUCAUAAGAUUCUAUGAUCAGAUUUCAUGGUAUAAAGAGUGAGACAUCAUCUAAACACUUGGCUGCUGCCUGAGAGGCCCUGUUUUGGAAGAUGCAUCUGCUUUAUGCCUUCCUUGCUUUGCUCUCUCUUACCUCUGGUUUCCAUCCUAACUGUCCUGGGAGAUGUAGCUGCGAUUCAGUGCACUCGGUACAAUGCUACAGGCUAACAGAGGUACCGUCAGGCCUUCCUUCCACCACCAAGAAGCUCUACAUUAGCCACAGCAAAAUUCAACACCUUCAGCUGUCUAGCUUCACCCGAAUGUUGGCUCUAGAAGAUUUUAUUCUGCUGGCCAGUGGAACAGAGUCAGUAGAAAAUGACACUUUCAAAACUCUGAGUACCUUGAAGACCUUGGAACUCUGGAAAAAUAAGUUAAGACGAGUCCCCAGGGUUCUGCCAGCCAGUCUUGAAGUGUUAAAACUAAAUGAGAAUUCAAUAAAUGUCCUACACGGAUCUGAUUUUGAAGGACUGAAGAAAUUAAAAAUCCUUGAACUUAAAAACAAUCUGAUCUCUUCUCUCUCUCCCAGCACACUCUCUUCUUUGAUCAGUUUGCAGAGUUUGAUGUUGGAUGGCAACAUUAUCGAAUCUGUAGCUGGACCACUGGUACUUCCCCACCUGAAAAGUAUGAGCCUGGAGAAUAAUAAACUGCAUCUUAUACCAGCUAGCUUCUUUGCUUCUCUUCAGGCUUUGCAGUUUCUCAGUGUCAGUGGUAAUUUUCUGACUAAAAUUCCUAUUAAUCUGCCCAAAUCCCUGCUCUCUUUAAAAAUGGAGAGAAACCAGCUCAAAGUGGUAAGGUUUCGAGACAUGAGACACUUGGAGAAUCUUUCCCACCUUUAUCUGUCAGAAAACUCACUCUCCUCCAUUGAUGGGGCACAGAUCCUUGCCAAUUUAACUACUCUUGAGUUGUCCCAAAACCAGGUUCAAACGUUGCCCCUUAAACUACCAGCAAGGCUACAAAAACUAGAUAUUAGCAAUAAUCUGAUUCAGAGAGUUACAGCCCAAGACUUCCAGGACCUCCGAGACUUGAAACACUUGUUUCUGGACAACAACAUUGUCAGCUUGUUCGAAGCUGGAGCCCUGCAGAUGUGUUCCCAGCUCUCCAACCUGGCCCUGGAACAGAACCUGCUGUUGUCUAUACCUCUAAGGCUUCCAGGGACCUUAGCCAGGCUGGACCUCAAAGGCAAUGCCAUCCAGGAUAUUACUGAGAGGGACCUCAAGGAUCUGAAGCAGCUUCAGGUUCUAAACCUUAGGAAUAACAAGAUUUCUGCCUUAGACCUCAAAGCCUUGGAGGGGUUGCCUCGCCUCAGACACCUGUAUCUGGAUGGAAAUCCGUGGAAUUGUACCUGUAGUCUCAUAAGAGCGAGGGAGAUCCUGAAGGCCAAGGGCACAGAUGUGAAGGGGGGACAAUGUGCUGCACCAGCUGAACGACAAGGGGAAAGCUGGAUGUCCUCCAAGAAGAUCAUGAGACAAUGUGAGCAUCAACUACAUCUAACCGAGAAAAACAAAGAAACCAAAAAGAAAUCAAAACCAGAAGAGCACUCCAGCAUCAGAAUCAACAUGGAUGAUGAUUAUUAUGAUUAUGAAAUAGAUUAAGUAUGAGCUUUGCCUACAGUUUAGAAAAAAAAUUUUUUUCUAAUAGACUUCAUUUUAGAGCAAUUUUAGGUUCAUAGCAUAGUUGAGACCAAGGUAUAGAAAGUUCCCAUAUACCCCCUAUCUCCACACAUGUAUAGACUCCCCCAUUGCAACAUCCCCCUUCAAAGUGGAACAUUUAUUACAAUUGAUGAACCUACAUUGACACAUCAUCAUCAACUGAAGUCCAUAGUUUACAUGCGGGUUCACUCUUGGAGGCAUACAUUCUGGGGACCUGGACAAAUGUAUGACAACCUGUGUCCAUCAUAAUAGUAGCAGAGUAGUUUCACUGCCUUAAAAAUGCUCUGUGCUCCAGAUGAAGUUUUAUAGCGUUCAAUCUCCCAAGCAGAAAUAUACAAUAAAUUUAGAUACGCAAGAGUCUUUUUUGUAAGUUUUUUUUUUUUUUUUUUAAAGAAUGAAAUCAGAGGGGCACCUGGGUGGCUCAGUCAGUUAAGCAUCUGACUUAGCUCAGGUCAUGAUCUCACGGUCCAUGAGUUCGAGCCCCAUGUGGGGCUCUGUGCUGAGGCUCAGAGCCUGUGCUCAGAGCCUGGAGCCUGCUUUGGAUUCUGUGUCUCCCUCUCUUUCUGACCCUCCGCCGUUCAU